AAAUACGGGGUGUAAUGAGGGUGGGAGUCAGGGUGUGAGGGGGGGAAAAAUAAGUAAAGUCAUGUUGUAGAAAGGAGUACUGUUCGGGAAACGUUACUUUUUCCAGUCAUUCCCAGUCCGGUUUAGUUUUGCAUUUACCAUGUGUUCCCUUUCCCUGUGUGCCAUUUCCAACAAAUCUUUUACAGACCCCACCCAAGUUCUCCUCUCUUUAGCCUUACUCCACCUUCUGCUACACCUACCACUUCUGACCUCACAAUCCCUCACCUGGGCCUCAGGCCCCACCCCUAGACCUCCUCAGCCUGUGAAAUCUAUCUGCCCCUCCAGUCUCUUAACCCCAUGGGCCCACUUGGCCUCACCACCAGGCCAUCUAGAACACUUUCCUUUCAGAAAACUGGACAAGGUGCUCUCUGCAGAGUGAGACAAUUGUGAGAGCAUGUUUAUCUUCAUCAAACAUGGAGAUAAUCAGCAGUUUCUGGUUAAUACCAAUUGCUCUGUCCUCCUGUUGAUGCAUUACACCCGCUCAAAAGUGGGCUUGAAUAAACAAGACAUCAUCGAUUUGUGUGAUGAAUCGGGGACAAUGAAGAUGUUUUUCAUGAUGAAGACCCCUGGAGAAUAUGCCAGCAAAUUCCUUACACCUCGAGAGACUUACUACGUUUGUAAGGUGUUGCAUGGGCCACCAGGAACCGGAAUUGCGAAUUCCUACAGAGCUAUUGUGCCCCUCCUGAAGAAUCCAGAACCCCAACUGGUUGGUGCUCUUCGCACACAGUGUGAGAUCUUAGAGAGGAACCGAGUGAAGAUGCUUAAAAUGACGCUAGAAGCCAAGCGGAUUGCUUCAAUGAAAUCCACUGUGAGCCUCCGAUCCAAAUCAAGAAAAUCGAAGAAACGUGGGCCCCCUCCUUCUCGCAAGGGCCUGCACCACAGGCGCGGGCCCCCUCCUUCUCGCAAGGGCCUGCACCACAGGCGCAGAGGUUUUCGUGGUCGGAGGAAUAGACGUCGCCAACUCAAUAAAGUGACCAAGUGA